AUGGCCACUGAGGAACACAAACGUUUGGCUAACAUUAUAAAAUCCUGUCACGAUUCUUUGCGCAUCCUAACCAAACAGUAUGGCGCCGAGAAAGCGUGGCAGGAACAUAUCAAAGACAAAGAACGUCUGCGAGAAUAUGCUGAGGCAAUGCAUCAAUUGGCAAAUAUUUGGGAAAAUAAUACCACAAAUCAGGAUUUAAUGGCACGUAGCCGUGUAAAAUGGACCAUUGAAUAUUGUAUGGCAUAUUUCUUUUCGGAACGUAUCUACUUGGAGAAACGUCUGAGGGAACAAAGGCUAUUGGAAUCAUGGGAUGGAUUUGACUGCAGUCAAUGUCAGUACCUUGAAACAUUACCCGAGAAAAUCUAUGUUCUGGAUGUUGGUAGCUGUUUUAAUCCAUUUGGAAAAUCUCAACCACAACUUGCUGUAACAGCAAUUGAUUUGUGUCCAGCAACGGAAGAUGUGUUGAAGGGCGAUUUCUUAAAAAUUCAAGUUGCCGAUAUGCUAGAACCAAAAAUUUUUUUUGAUGAUGGUGAGGAAGAAGUUUGUACAUUACCUGCCGCGUAUUAUGAAUGUGUAGUAUUUAGUUUACUACUGGAAUACAUACCUAGUUCCGAAUUACGUCUACAGUGUUGUCAGAAAGCCUAUGACCUAUUAAAAUAUGAAGGAAUCUUAAUUAUUAUAACACCGGAUUCCCAACACGUUGGCAAGAAUGCUUCUAUUAUGAAAAAUUGGCGAUACACAUUGGGUAUGUUGGGUUUUAGCCGAAUACGUUUUGAAAAGUUACCUCACAUCACCUGUAUGGUAUUUCGCAAGGCCAGUGAUCCUCGUGUGGCACAGCGGUGGUCCGAGUUACAUCGAGAACCGUAUAUGGAAAUGACAAUAGAUAUACCACAAGACAAUAAAACAUUCGAUGAAUGA